AACCCUAGAUUGGUGUUCGGGCCGGGCUGGCCCGCUUCCACCGUAGUCGUCGGUCCGCCGCACCAAUUGAAAUCGAGUUCUCAAAAACAAUUUAUAGUAACAGCAAUUGCGCCUCCAUGAGUUCCUCGCAGUUUAGCAGCCUAUUGCUUCCGCCGGUGUUCGCUCCGCAGCUUCGUCGCCUUUCUUUCCUCCAGUCUCACUUUGGUGCCAACGGUACUCUUAGGAAUUCCUGCAGUCCUCUCCUUAGAGCUAAAGAAUCGUCCUUGAGGAGUAUGGCUACGGAUGAAAACAUCGUUGGAAGUGUUAGACAACAACUUGCAAAGUUGUUUGAAGAAUCCUUGAGAGUUACAGUUCCUGAGGAGUUGGAUGUGGAUCCUCUUAUUGCUCCAUGCCAAAAUGCUAAAUUUGGUGACUAUCAAUGCAAUAAUGCCAUGUCUCUGUGGUCGAAAAUUAAGGGAAAGGGUACCCAGUUCAGAGGUCCUCAACCAAUAGGACAGGCCAUUAUGAAGAACCUUCCUGCAUCAGAGAUGAUAGAUUCCUGCUCAAUUGCUGGAGCUGGCUUUGUAAAUGUUGUGUUAUCUCGCCAAUGGAUUGCUGAAAGCAUUCAAAAAAUGCUAACCGAUGGGAUUGAAACAUGGUCUCCUAGGCUACCUGUUAAAAGGGCCAUAGUUGAUUUUUCAUCACCAAAUAUAGCGAAAGAAAUGCAUGUUGGUCAUUUAAGAUCAACAAUAAUCGGAGAUACUCUGGCCAGGAUGUUGGAAUACUCAAAUGUGGAGGUUCUUCGAAGAAACCAUGUUGGAGACUGGGGGACACAGUUUGGUAUGCUUAUAGAACACCUAUUUGAUGCAUUUCCACAUGGGGAAGUUAGUGAUCAAGCCAUUGGAGACCUGGAGACGUUUUACAAGGCCUCAAAGCAGAGAUUUGAUAGUGACCCUCCUUUCAAGGAGAGGGCUCAACGGGCUGUAGUAAGUCUUCAGGCUGGAGAUGAGAGAUAUCGAAAUGCAUGGGCUCAAAUUUGUGAAAUUAGUCGAAGAGGCUUUGAAAGGGUUUAUGAACGACUUGGGGUUCAUUUAGAGGAAAAGGGGGAAAGCUUCUACAAUCCUUAUAUACCUGGGACUCUUAAGCUAUUGGAUGAAAAAAAAUUAAUUCAAGAAAGUGAAGGUGCUCGUGUUAUUGUUAUUGAAGGGAAAAAUAUACCAUUUAUUGUUGUCAAGAGGGAUGGUGGAUACAACUAUGCCUCGACUGAUCUUUCUGCUUUAUGGUACCGACUAAAUGAGGAAAAGGCUGAGUGGAUUAUAUAUGUAACUGAUGUUGGUCAGCGUGAGCACUUCGAAAUGUUAUUUACUGCUGCCAAAUUAGCAGGUUGGCUUCCAGCAGAGGAUAAUAAGUAUCCUAAAGCUAGCCAUGUAGGUUUUGGGCUUGUCCUGGGGGAGGACGGGAAGCGGUUCCGUACUCGCAGUACUGAAACUGUCAAAUUGGUUGAUUUACUUGAUGAAGCCAAAAAUAGAUGCAAAGCUGCUCUAAUCGAAAGAGGCAAAGAUAAGGAGUGGAGUGAAGAGGAGCUUGAUAAAACUGCUGAAGCAGUUGGAUAUGGUGCUGUUAAAUACGCCGAUCUCAAGAAUAACAGGACUACCAACUACACCUUUAGUUUUGACCAAAUGCUCAACGACAAGGGAAAUACUGCUGUCUAUUUGUUAUAUGCACAUGCUCGGAUCUGCUCUAUUAUCCGGAAAUCGGGUAAAGACAUAGAUGAAUUGAUAAAGACGGGAACUCUAGACCUAGCUCAUCCCGACGAACGUGUAUUAGGACUUCAUCUGCUCCAGUUUGCUGAGAAAGUUGAAGAGGCCUGCAACAAUCUGUUACCCAAUGUGGUGUGUGAAUAUUUGUACAAUUUAUCCGAAGAUUUCACAAGAUUCUACACCAACUGCCAGGUUGUGGGAUCAGCAGAAGAGACAAGCCGGCUGCUACUCUGCGAGGCUACAGCACGUGUCAUGCGCAUGUGCUUCCAUUUGCUUGGAAUCACUCCCGUUUACAAAAUUUAAAUCCCACCCCUCGUAAUUUAAAUGUAUUAACAUUAUACGUGUUUCCAUUUUUAAUCACCAUUUUGAACCAAUUGAACUUUCUUCUUCAGUAUAUUUAUUUGCCAA